UCUACUCUGCACCCUCUCCUUCUCUGCUGCUCUUUUCUCCCUUUGAUUUUCUCUCAAUGGUUUUGUUUGCUCGCCUGUUGGUUACUACUGUGAGUGUUUUCAUGGGGGAUUUGGACACCGGGAGGAUGCGCUUUUUGGAGGAACAGUUGCUCAGAGUUGUCACUUCGGGGGUCUUUUAGUGGAUACUUGGAUGUUUUUCGUGCUGGAAUGAACAAUGGUGCGGCUGCUUGGUGCUCUGGCCGAGGGCAUGCUCUGCUUUCGGCUACUGUUGCUGUGCGUAGUGGAGUUGGAGGUUGGAGCUUUCCAGGGGUUUUAUCUUCCACCUGUGAACGGGUCUCUGCUCACACCUGCGCGGAGGACGGACGGGGUCGUGCGGACCAUUGACAGGAUUUAUCACGGAGGAGGGAAAGUGGGCUACCUGGUGUACCUGGAUGGGAGUCGGUUUCAGCUGGACAUGGAGCGGGACGAGUCCGUGCUGUCGCAUCACUUCAGCCCCCAGUAUGUGCUCGCUCUGAUGGGGGAGAGCGCGCCGCCUCUGAAGCGGGACUGCGUGUACCGCGGCACGGUGGACUCCAACGCGGAGUCCCUGGCUGUCUUCAACCUCUGCGGCGGGGGUCUGGAGGGCUUCUUCGCCGUGCAGCACACGCGCUACUCCAUCACGCCAAUCAUCAGGGCAAAGGGACACGAGCACGACGCGCGCGCUCUGCAGGACAAGGACGCGGAGAGCGCGCUCCACGUCUUCACGCGCGAGAGUUUCAGCUUCGAGGCGCAGCGUGAAGGGCGCGAGAGCUGCGGGACGAGAGACGGGCGCAGAGGACGCAGGGAUGCGCUGGGGAGACGCCGCAACAAGGGGCGCGGGAAAGGGAGACGGGACGGGGAUGAACACGGCCCACGCGGGAGGAGAUGGUGGAGCCGGCUCGCCGAGGACGUUCCCCCGGAGCGUGGCGCGCGGCGCAAGAGGUCUGUGUCUCGCGCCCGGCACGUGGAGCUGCUCCUCGUGGCGGAUGACACCAUGGCGAAGAAAUACGGAAAAGACUUGAACCACUACCUGCUCACACUGGCCUCCAUCGCUUCAAAGCUCUACGGGCACGCGAGCAUCGAGAACCCCAUCCGGCUCACGGUGGUGAAAGUGACCACCGUGACGGAGAAGGAGAAGGGGCUCGAGGUGUCCAAGAACGCGGCGGCGACUUUGAAGAGUUUCUGUAAGUGGCAGAACCAGCAGAACCCGCUGGAUGACGACCACCAGCACCACCACGACGCCGCCAUCCUCUUCACCAGGCAGGACCUCUGUGGCCACCACUCCUGUGACACCUUGGGCAUGGCCGACGUCGGCACCAUCUGCUCCCCUGAGAGAAGCUGCGCUGUCAUCGAGGACGACGGGCUUCACGCCGCAUUUACAGUGGCGCAUGAGAUAGGUCACCUUCUCGGUUUGUCCCACGACGACUCCAAGUUCUGCGAGGAGCGGUUCGGCGUCAACAGCGACAAGCGGCUCAUGUCCUCCAUCCUCACCUCCAUCGAUGCCUCCAAACCGUGGAGCCGCUGCACGUCUGCGACCAUCACCGACUUCUUUGAUGAUGGAAACGCCGAGUGUCUCCUCGACUCCCCUCGUCAGCCCCUCCUGGGCCCCGAGGAGCUCCCGGGUCAGAGCUACGACGCCGUCCGCCAGUGCCGCCUGGCCUUCGGCCCCGAGUACACGGUCUGCCCCGGCAUGGACGUCUGCUCCCGGCUGUGGUGCGCCGUGAUCCGCCAGGGGCAGAUGGUGUGUCUGACCAAGAAGCUGCCGGCCGUGGAGGGGACGCCCUGCGGGAAGGGGCGCAUCUGUCUACAGGGGAAGUGUGUGGACAAGACCAGGAAGAGGCACUACUCGGCGUCGAACCACGGCAGCUGGAGCUCCUGGGGUCCUUGGGGCGCCUGCUCCAGGACUUGCGGGGGCGGCGUGCAGUUUGCCCAGCGCCUGUGCAACAACCCGCCACCUCGGAACAACGGGCGCUACUGCACCGGGAAGAGAGCCAUCUAUAGGUCGUGUAACGUCGCACCAUGUCCACCAUCAAGUAAGAGCUAUCGCCAAGAGCAGUGUGAAGUGCGAAACGGCCCACAGACGGAUCCUAAAGGAGUGAAGACAUUCGUUGAGUGGGUGCCAAAGUAUGCAGGAGUCCUCCCUAAAGAUGUGUGCAAGCUGACCUGCAGAGCCAAAGGAACAGGAUACUACGUGGUGUUCUCUCAAAGGGUGGUAGACGGGACGGAGUGCCGACCGUACAGCAGCUCAGUGUGUGUGAAAGGGAAAUGUAUACGGACGGGAUGUGACGGCAUCAUUGGCUCCAAGCUGCAGUUUGACAAGUGUGGAAUAUGUGGAGGUGACAGCAUGGGGUGUAUACGAGUUGUUGGCAACUUCACCAAGAAAAGUAAGGGCUACACUGAUGUGGUGAAAAUCCCUGCUGGCUCCACUCACAUCAAGGUCCGUCAGCACAAGGCCAAGGACCAGACCCGCUACACUGCCUACCUGGCACUCCGACGGCCAAACGGUGAUUACCUUCUCAACGGCAAGUUUAUGAUCUCUACCUCUGAGACGAUCAUCCCACUCAACGGUUCGGUGCUCAACUACAGCGGCUGGAGCCAAAAGGAUGAGUGGCUUCACAGCAUGGGUCCUGGAGCCAUCCAAGAAGCCAUAGUAGUCCAAAUUCUUGCGACAGAUGCCAAAAAGCCCCUGGAUGUUCGCUACAGUUUCUACAUGCCUCGAGACAACGCCACAGCAGCCGUCAGCUCCCCUAAUCCCCAACUCAAAGUCGAUCCCUGUGCAGAUCCCUACGACUGUCUCAACCACAACAAAAACCACAACUACUACCACUACCACCACUACAUCUUCUCCAGUUCCCCCUAUCCUGAUGCCAGGGCUGCCUACAGGUCCAGGUCCCACCACCCCGACCCCAGGACCCCAGUGGGUAACGGGAUCCUGGAUGUCUUGUUCCAGGACUUGUGACACUGGCUGGCAAAGUCGGACAGUUCAGUGCAAGGACCCGGAUGGGAAGCUUUCCAAGGGUUGCACACUUGGUGCCCGGCCUUCUGCCUUUAAACACUGUCUGGUGAAGAAAUGUUGAACUGACUGGAAGGACAAAACGUUUCAUAAGAACCAAUAGUUGGAACUUCAAUCCGUACCUCUGAUAAAGGUCUUAAGUGCUGGAUGUAGGACCAUGGACCUAUAAAUUUAAGGUGUAGAACCUUAAAAAGGACCGUGAAUGUUGGCUUAAAGAGCCGUGACUGGAUACCUAGAGACCUAAAGACUCAUUGGCAUGGGACUUCAUGCCAGAAGAAUGUUCUGGAAUCAUAAGAGCUAUGCAAGUAGGGCGGAGGACAGUUUCCGCAAGAUAGUGACAAGUCCGGCCCUGGCAUAGCUUAGGACUUUAUUGCAUGUCACUUCCACAAGGACAGUAACUGAUUGUCUUUACUUCAGUCUCCAGUUCACGGAGGCUUCGUAUGUGUUGCCCUGUAAUGGCAUGCGUGUUGUGUUUUUAUAUGCUACUCCAUGUCUUCUAAUCACUGUGGGGAUCAGGACGUUGUACCCCUUUGUCUUUAAUCAUGAGUCUGUCUUAGACAAAAGCCCCAAUGAUGGGAAGCACUCGUUAUCCACAUUGUUGUCAUUUUUGCCGGGAUUGUAGCCCUGUUCCACCACUGUCAUACUUGGUCUUGGCUCAGAAUUACCAUUUCCUAGGAGCUGGACAUUUCUUUAAGAGGACCAAAAACUUUGAAGGGGAUUUGUAAUGUAUUAGUUCAGAAUUGUCCUAUCUUUUACCAAUCUUCUUAAAACUGCUCAGAUUUAAAGUCCACACCCAUUCUUUAGACUUCAUUCCAAAUUAUCAAAUCAAAUUUGUGUUCCCAGGCUUCACCAUCUGGUGAGAUUCACUGUGGUAUGAGCAUUGAUAUCUAAAGUACCGUGGUGUUGCUGCUUUUCAAUAUUAAAAUACACAAAUGGAGAGCCACCUACUUGGCCUACGGGCAAUUCCCCAGUCGAUUCACAGUGCAGAACUCUUCCAUUACACCAAUUGAAUGAAUCGAUGGGGGAAACUAGUGAACACUGAUGUCCUGUACUGCUCUGCAGUCUGGAUUGGAGGUCUGUCAUUGUGUUUACAGUUUAAAGUGAUAAAAAUCUAACGUGAACUAACGAGAUCUUCAAAGUCAAGACAACCCCUCGACUUGCAUUACAGUCCAUCUGUCGGAAUAUCCAAAUUCAAUCUCGGUACAAACGGGACUAGUCAACCAUCUUUGAUGACAACCUGGUAUCAGAACUCACUUGCCUCUCAAGAAAUACCUCAUACAUAAUUUGCGUGGUUCUAUUACCGUGGCUUGGUAUCCCUGCAUGCUUUGCGCACUGAAGCCCUGUGCUAAGAGGCUAGUGGUCCUUUUUCAACAGCUUUUCUCCUUUGCGUUGUCAUAAACAGGCUUUUAUGUUAAAUGGCUUUAAAGACUGAGCUCAGAUGAAUAAUCUGCAUCUCUGAAAAGAGCCGGAAUCACCAUCUCUGAUAGUGAGGCCAGUGCAUGCCAGUUCAUGAUGCAUUAGCAAAACUAUCCAAAAUGGGUGAUGGCACUUUUUUAAAGCUUAGUAACAUCUUCUGAAGGCAGUUACUGUCACAUCUUAGAUGUUGGUUUGAUCAGUAUGAGAAUUUUAUAGAUUAAACUGCAAUCUACCCCUGUUUUCAUUAUGCUAAAGUAGCAGGCUAUUAGCUUAAAUUUCAUAGUGAAUCAAUCCAUACAAGUGACAUGUCUUUCUACUCGUAUUAAUCUCCAGAUCAUGAAAAAUAACAUAAAAUAAUCCCUUGAGUAAAGAGCAAAUGGAGAGACUAGAUCCAGCUUUGUUUAUAUGAAGAAAUUUGCUUCUUUUGGAGAUGAAUGACAUUUUUUGUAGCUUUUUCUAUAAAUGUAAUUUUGACUUAAUGCACUAAAAUUGAAAGUAUAGACAAGGCAUAUGCUCUACACAAGUUUUAUUCCUAAACUUAAAACUUACCCUUGUUUCUUAAUGCUAAGCUAACAGGCUAUUCGCUUAAACUCGUAGAGAAUCAACCCAUACAAGUGACAUGUCAUUCUACUCAUCUUGAUCUAAAGAUCAUGAAAAACAACAUCACUUUAUCCCUUGAGCAAGAAACAAGUGAAAUGAGUAUCAAAAACUUGGGUUAGAUGAAGAAAUGUGCUUCUUUUGAAGACGAGUGACACGAAUCUAUUAGAUUUUGAACUGCUUGCAAAAAUUGUUAAUUUUUAUUUGAAGGUGUAGACAAGGCUAAGUUUUAUUGUUAGAACUAAAGCUUACCCCGGUUUUCUUAAAGCUAAGCUAACAAGUUUCUAGCUUAACUGUUAUUGAUUUAUAUACUUUUUAACAAAUAGAUCUUGCAAGUUUUACAUUGAAAUAGCUUAGUUCAAGACGACAAAUUACAAUGGCAUUGGUUGAUGAACUGGAUCUGAGAGCUGGCUCCUUCGGUGAACAAUGGGAGCGGGCUCCUGAUUCCUUUUUUCCAUUUUGGGUGUUUUGAAGACACAAUUGGGUAAAAUGAUACCAAAUGAAGAGCUGUUUGGAAGCCAGAAGGCCAGCUCUUAUUACUGAGACCACUUCCAUAUGCAGUCUGAGCUAUCACACCGUUUUCAGUUCACUUUGGUUCCACCUAAAACAUUAGGGGUUACCUCUUGGUACCUAAAAGCCCAAAAACGAUAUAAACCCUGGUUAACGUUGUCUAAACAGGCUGCCAAGAUUGUAUCGGAUUUAUGUACCAACUUGUAGUUGUGUCAGCAGCAGUGCUGCCUGUGGUGCUAUUAACGGCCAAAGGUGUACUGGACCCUAUGCUGUUACCUAAUCCACCUGUGGUUCCUCAUUUUCCAGUAGCCAAGAAGAUUGCCCACCAGUAUUCUCUGCACCAAGAGUUGAUCAGUUGAAGACAUGGUGGCUAGUGACAGUCGUGGAACAAGGCUACCCAUGUGUUCUGACCCUAAGCCCUUCUUGACUUCAUUUGACUGAUUGUCCAGCUCAAUACUAGAAAGUUUCCAUCUUAGCAUCAGGUUAUUGUGAGAUUUAGAAGAAAGGCAAACUGCUUACUACUCACAGAUAAAGCAGAAUGGAUUUCAAAGGGAGCCUUCAAGGACAAAGCUACAGUGACUAAGACACUCCUUAACAUUUAUGGAGGUUAAUUUUAACUCAGAAGUUUGGGGAAAUGCUUGAUUUUUAUGUGUGAGUGUAAUUGUGUGUGUAUGUUUUUGUGUGCAUGCUAAGUGCUAGCACAUCCAUGUACUCUGGCCUGUGUUUAAAGCACAUACAGUAUGUACUGUGAUCUUGAUGCUUCCUCACCCUCAGUUCCAUUUAUAUCAAUCAUUAUGCUGGUGCUGGGAGGUUUUUGGUCCUCACAUUUUUCUUGUGGCAGUAAAUAUCUGUUUGUUUGUCUGUUUUAUCUGUUAAAAAGCAAUGCUAAUAUGACAAUGUGUGCCCUGGAUACUCGCAACGACAGCAAGAGACAUACUAAUGCAGCCAUUAAUGUCCUUUUGCAAUUCAAAUCUUUCAUAAUUUUCAUUUACAUUUCUUGCUCCAUUUUACAUCUUUACAAACUUUAUUUAUAAAAUUUUUCUUUUACUUAUUUCAAAACAUAUUUGGGGAUAUCUGCCCGAUGUCACAAAAGAGAUUGAUUUAAAGGAAAAAGCACAUAGAGGUUGAUUUCUGCCUGUUGCUGUCCUUGUAGUUUUCUGGAAAUGAGGCCUCGAUUAAAUCAGACAAUCCUACACCAUGCUGUCACCGUUUUCUGACAGAGAUUAAUCACUAUAAUUACUUGGCAAAGUUGUGCUAAAAUAUUUGUAGUUUAGCUUAGCACUAAGCCAAGAAGCGAUGGUGAACAGAUGCCUGUCUUUUAAAAGAAAAUGCUUUGACAUAUUUUGAAGUCCAUUACUUUCAUGUCUUUAAAGCUUCCUUUAAUAAGCACAAGAGUUUUAUUGGUUAAACAGCAAUUUAUACCAGUUUGCAUAAUGCUAAGCUAGCAGGCUAUUAGCUUAAAUUUCAACGUGAAUCAACCCAUACAAGUGACAUGUCUUUCUACCCGUCUUAAUCUCUAGAUCAUGAAAAUUAACCUCAUUUUAUCCCUUGAGCAAGAAACAAAUGGAAAAAGUAGAUAAUACUUGGUUAAAUGAAGUUUUUGCUUCAUUUGGAGACAAGUGACAUGAAUCUAUAAAAAAAAUCGCUAUGUUUACAAAAUCAUUAUUUAAUUUGACUUUAAACCAUUUGAAUUGAAGGUAUAGACAAGGCAUAUACUCUACAAAAUUUCAUUAUUAGAAUAAAGCUUAGUUUUCAUAAUGCUAAGCUAACAGGUUAUUAGCUUAAAUUUAUAGUGGAGACAAGUGACAUAAAUCUUUACAAUGUUGGAGCUGCUUUUACAAAAUAAUUUUUCCAUUUUGGUAUAAAAUACUUGAAGGUAUAGAUAAGGCUUAUAAUAUACACAAGUUUUAUUCUUAGAGUUAAAGCUCACCUUUAUGUUCUUAAUGCUAAGCUAACAGGCUAGUAGCGUAAAUUUCAUAGUGAAUUGACCUAUGCAAGUGGCAUGUCAUAAAACUCAUCCAAAUCUCAAGAUCAUGAAAAAUAACAUCAAAACAUUCCUUGAGAGACUGGCAAAUGAAAGGCUUAGAUCAUUACUAAGGUUUUACAUUUGCCCUUUUUGAGAUGAGUGAAAUGACCCUCCAAAAUUAUCCACCUACACUUGCAAAAAUUUUUUUUUUUAUUUUUACUUUAAAGUGGAUAAAGCAUAAAAUCUAUAGAUAAUGAAGAUAUGGACAAGGUACAUACUCUGUAAGAGUGUUUUUGUAAAUGACAGUUCACCAUGGUUUUCUUAAUGCUAAGCUAACGGGCUAUAAGCUUUCAUUUCAGAGUGAUGGGGCCCAUACAAGUGAGGUAUCAUUUCACUUGUCUACAUCUCCUGAUCAUGAAAAAUGUCACAUUAGUAUUCUUAAGCAAGAAACAAACCAAAGAGACACCGAAAUGAGCUUCCUUUUGGAGAUGAGUGAAAUGACCCAUACAAAUUUUCCACCUGUGUUUGCGAAAGUGAUAUGAAAUUCGAUUUUUAAACCCGGAAAUCAAGGGUAUUGAAAAGGUGCUUUUGCCUACAACAGAAUCUCUAUUAAGCUUCAAAGACAAAACAAGUUGACCUUCAAAACAAUAAGAAUUUAAGUAUUUCCUUUAAUAGUCCUGUUUGGCAAACUUCACACAAAAGUUUUGAGGCCAACAUACCACUUACAAAAUAUUCUCUGUUUCCCUUACACAUUCAGAUAUUUACACUAUAUAGACAUUUUUGUACAAAUAAUACUGUAGGUCUUUCAUAUAUUUGUUAGUAUUCAUCCAUAUAUACAGUAAUGUACACACAUCAUUGAAACAAUCCAUCAUUGGUGCAGUUUUUGACUCUUCUGGAAUCCAACACACGCUCCAUCCACAACAAACUCCGACUCUCCCUGUGGGGGAAACCCGUCUCACUGAACGACAGAAAAACACAGCACUGAACUUGUAAUUUAUUGUUUGUACAACUGGUAUGUGUGAAUAAAAAAGAAACAUUGAGAUGAGUUUUAUUUAUUAUAGUAAUUUUGUAUCAAAUUACUAUUUAACUUAGGAAUAUGACUGUGCAGAUGCAUUCCUAUGUAAGAAUAUAGUGUUUUUU